UGUCUCUCUCUCUCUCCUUGUCAGUGUCUCUGUGUGUCUCUCUCUCCCUACCAGUGUCUCUGUGUCUCUCUCUCUCCCUGUCAGUGUCUCUGUCUGUGCGUCUGUGUCGCCAUCGCCUCGUGGUGUCCACUCUCAGCAUGGCCAUCGUCCGGCUCAUGCUCCUGCUCACAUUCACGUCGUUCGACCACGUGAGCCCGUGGACUUUUCACUUCUCCAACUUGACCCUGCAAUGGUCGGACGCCCUCAAGUUCUGCCGCCGGAGGCAUCGCGACCUGGCGUUCGUCGCCGACUCGACGCUCAACCGCCUCCUCGCCUCGUCCCUGCCCACGGGCCGAGGCUACUUCUGGAUCGGCCUGAGGAGGAGCCCUGACGGGAAGGAGGGCGAGGAGGUGGAUAGGGAUGGAGGUGCGGGAGGAGGUGUCGGAUUAGGUGGUGAGCAAUGA